AUGUCUUCUGUGCUCACGGGGGCCUUGGCGUAUGGCAGCAGCGUCUUCACCAUCGUUGCACUGUACCCCUAUCGUGACUUUGUGAAGUCAGCCGAUGUGCGUCAUCUGCCGCGCGCGAAGGAUCUGGGAGACUACUGUACAAAGCGAUACAGGGGUAUGCUUGGAAGCCUCUCGCAGCCAAUGCUGCUGGCAGCACCGCAUGCAGCGUUGUACUUCGGGUACGUGUUUGCCGAAGGCGGCGCUGCCGGUGGCCUUCUUGGCGGCUUGUUAUUUGGAUACACCAAAACGUUUGUGCGGACAGUUGCCCAUCGCAUGAAUGGUGGUGGCUCUCGUUACAAUAAGCCAGUGCAGCGAGGGUACUCGGGGCUACUGGACUGCAUCGUGCUUAGCGCGAAGCAUUAUGGUGUGCUCUCAUUUUUUCCUGGAGCGCUGGCGGCGUCCGUGGUGGGGGUGCUUUGGUACGGCAUUUCUCUUGCAGUACUGCAGCAGACGUACAGCCGGUCUUUCGGAGAAGACCUGUGGAACGCCUUUCGCGUCCAUGCGCUUCUGACCUUUCUCACAGCACCGGUGCGCAACACAAUGCGCUCAUCCAUAUACCCUAGCGAGCGCUCCGGCGGCGUUCACGCAGUGCGGGAUUAUGUGGCGACUGAGGCGGCCGUCUUUCGCGAGGCAGGGGGCGUUUUUCUUUCUAUGGCGCGGGAGGAGGGCUUGCGUUUCUUUUUCAACGGAACACUACGCACCGCAUUCAAAAGCUCUGUUCCGUUUGCCGUGACGUAUGCUCUCUUCAAGGCCCUAGGCGGGUCCAUCGGGCUUCCAACCGGCGGCGCCUACCGUGGCGGCCGCACUGGGCGUCACUUUUCUCGGCGCUUUUAA